GAGUUCGAGCCUCACAACCUCCCCUUGGUUGUGCUCGGAACCUUUGCGCUUUGGUUCGGCUGGUACGGCUUCAACCCAGGCUCCACGCUGGGGAUGCACGAUGGGGCGACGGGUGCUAUGGCGGCACAGGUUGCCAUGAACACCACCAUUGCAGCAGCGACCGGCGGCAUCACCGUCUUUAUGCUCCGCUAUGCCAUCCUCAAGAAGUACGACGUGGGCGGAUUGUGCAACGGUAUCCUUGCCGGUUUGGUCUCCAUCACUGCGCCUUGCGGCAGCGUGGAAUGCGGCAGUGCGUUCGCCAUUGGCUUCAUUGGUGCGCUUGUGUACCAGGGAUCCUCGAUGCUCCUCCAGAAGCUGAAGAUUGACGACCCUGUGGAUGCCAGCCCCGUCCAUGGCUUCUGCGGCAUUUGGGGUGUCCUUGCCGCAGGCCUCUUUGACUGGGGCAAGGGAUUCGACACCUUCCACGGAUGGUCGGGAUUCUCAUGCAUGCCCGUCAGCGAGACAGACUCAACCUGCCAGACUGGAAUUGGUGGCACCGCCAUCGGCGCGCAGUGCAUCCUUGUCCUGAUGGUGAUUGCCUGGGCCGGAUCUUUGUCCGGCCUUGCCUUCUUCGCCCUGAAGAAGACUGGCAAGCUGCGCAUUGACGAGUACACAGAGGAGACCGGCAUGGACAUGAAGCAGCACUCUCCUCCGAAGGCAUACGCAAUUGGUCGUCGAGGGCCGCCAGGGCCGUGGUUCUCUUUGGAAGUUACCGAAAGCUGGGCCCCUUGGGCUUUCGUGAAGGGCGACACCAAAAGAGUCAUUGCGGCAUUGGAACUGUUGGCUACCCUGGUUGCCGUGAAGCUCUGGGUCCCCGAGAGCGACAGUCGUCAGUUGUCGAUAGUAUCCAUGAGGGGUUUCACCGACAACAGGUCCAACGAGAGCCUUGUGAGGAAGGGCAUGACAACGAAAUUUCCCUCUACCUUAAUCCUCAUGGAGCUUACGGAGGAGCUCGCCAGUAAGAACAGCCAACUGGAAUUGAGUUGGCUGCGGAGAGAUAGCAAUCAACUGGCAGACGACCUCACGAACGAAAAGUUCGACAUGUUCGACAGUGCACUCAGGAUUCCGCUUAAAGGGGAGGAACUGGAGUGGAAAGUUUUGGACAAGCUCCUUCGUCACUCCGAUAGUUUCUACAAGGAGGUGAAGACGCGAAAGGCCUCUGCGGCAGUCAAGCUUCCGGCGAGCAAAAGGGCGAGAAGGCUGCAACCCUGGUAG